ACUCCAAAAACCACUUGUGCUUCAAUUCUGUAGUUGUUUUAGAAUUAAUUUCGGUAUAGGAGUUAGGCUAAAAGAAAAAUAAGAACAUCAUGGAGAGGAAGUCACUUGGGCUUUUCAUGCUGCUAUUCAUUGUCUUGGCUUCUCAAGUGAUGGUGGUGCCGACUGAGGCAAGAGUUUGCGAGUCACAGAGCCAUAAGUUCAAGGGUGCAUGCAUGAGUAACCACAACUGUGCUCUGGUGUGCAGGAAUGAAGGUUUCUCUGGUGGUAGAUGCAGAGGAUUCCGUCACCGCUGUUUCUGCACUAGAAUUUGCUAAUCGGUGCAAGUGCAAUGAAACGAUAUGCUUGCAGCAUAUAUAAUUGCAUCAGCUUUUGAUUGUAGUGACGAAUAAUAGUUAUUUUUAGUUGCAGCUCUAGAGUUUUUGGUUGUGAUGUGCAAAUAAAUUGUUCUCUCCCAUAUUGCUUAUA